AUGCAGUGUGGGGUUCAACAGAGUCAGCAGCAGACAGUGUGCAGCAAGCACACAGCUCGCCUUGAGGAUACCCACAUCAGUACGAGUGAAGGACAGACAGGAGAGGAUGGUGAAACUGGACGGGUGAGGCCACGUUGGAUCCUGGACCCCAUGGGGGAUUGGUAUAUUCGAUGGCUCGCAGUGUCUACAAUCCCCGUCAUCUACAACUGGAUCAUUCUUGUUGGCAGGUGGAGCUUCACUGACCUUCAGUCCAACUACCUGUCUGUGUGGCUCUUUCUGGAUUACCUCUCAGACCUCAUCUACCUACUGAGUAUGGCAGUCAGGUUUAACACAGGAUAUCUGGAGCAGGGAAUCUUAGUGACAGACCGCUGGCAGAUUGCUGCAAGGUAUGCUCGGAGCCAUGGCUUCAAGUUGGACCUGCUGUCCUUGGUGCCCACAGAUCUCCUGUACGUUCAGUUUGGUGUUCACAGUCCAGCUAUCCGGCUCAAUCGGCUACUCACAGUCCGCUGUCUCCCGGAGUUCCUGCAGCGCCUGGAGACCCGUGUGUUCUAUCCCAACACCUACCGGGUGCUCCGUACCUCUGCCAUCCUGGUGGCCAGCAUCCACUGGAAUGCCUGUGCCUACUUUGCCCUGUCCAGGCACAUUGGCUUUGGGCAAGACCCUUGGGUAUAUCCCAACAUCUCGGACCCUGACAAUGCCCGCUUGAGGCGCCAGUACCUCUACAGUUUCUACUUCUCCACCCUGGUCCUGAGCACAAUAGGGAACAUCCCAAAGCCUGUACGGGAGGAGGAGUUCCUCUUUGUGAUGGUGGAUUUCCUCAUCGCUGUGCUGGUCUUUGCGAGCAUUGUGGGGAACAUGGAGUCGAUCAUCUCCAAGCUGGACAAGGCGGCUCACAGUGUUGUCCCCGAUCACCAGCUGAUCAGGGAUUACCUCCGCUCCCAACGGGUCAACACGAAGCUGCAGCGACGAGUGACCGAGUGGUCUCAGCACCUGCGCCUCUACAAGAAGGUAACCAACGAGAGACACAUCCUGCAGCUGCUCCCGGACAAGCUGCAGGCUGAGGUUGCAACCUGUGUCCACCUCCAGACGCUCAGGAAGGUCCAGCUUUUCCAGUCCUGUGAGCAGCGUGUGCUGUACCAGCUGGUGAUGAGACUGCAACCUCAAGUCUUCAGCCCUGGUGACUAUGUGUGUCGGAAAGGGGACAUAGGCAGGGCCAUGUACAUCGUACAGGAUGGGUGCCUGGCGGUGGUUGCUGACGAUGGACUGAGACAACUCGCUGUCCUUGAGGCUGGCAACUAUUUUGGAGAAAUCAGCAUCCUCAACAUUGCAGGGAGUAAAUCUGGAAACCGGAGAACUGCAAAUAUUCGGAGUGUUGGAUAUUCGGAUCUUUUUGCCCUGGGGAAGGAUGAUCUGACUGAGGUGCUGGUGGAUUUCCCAGAGGCUAAGGAGAUGCUGGAGGCAAAGGGCCAGGAGAUGCUGUUGAGGAUGGGGCUGUUGGAUGGAGUUGUUGCACCAAGUGAAGCGGAGAAGGGGAGAGCGGUGAGGAAUGUGGGGCCGCUGCAGAAUUCCUUUGACUUGUUACAAACCAGAAUGGCUCGCCUGAUGGCGGAAAUUGAAUCCAGUUUUCAAAAGAUCAACUUUCGGCUUGACCACCUUGAAGAUGUGCUGGGGGUUGAUGAAGACCCGGAAAGGAAAAGGAAUGUCGAGGAUCCCAGGUUGACCCAGGAUCAAAUUGAAGAAUCCAGGAUCAUUCCAGGAUCCAGAGCCAGACGAGACCCAACCAAGCUCACCCCGUGCAGCUCAAAGACUGAGCUGAAGUGAGUGGAUGUCGGAAAUCUGAAACAAAAACAGAAACUGCUGGAGAAACUCAGAA